AUGGCUACCUCCCACCGAAAUACAGUACCAGAUCGAACAAAAGAAGCCAACAACAAGAACAAGAGAAAGGGCAAUAUGUCAGGUUCUAGCCGUGAAUAUCCCGAUGAUGUAGAUGAUUUACGGAUUGCUUUAAAGGAGAUGAAUGAGGAGGAAAAGGAAAUAACGUUAGAUACACCCCCAGACACUCCGAUUUCCGAAAUAUAUGCUCGUAAACGAGCAUGGCACAGAAGAAAAACUCUAUACCUGGAUAUGAUCGUCGAAGCGUUCUCAAAACGACAUCGAAAAACGGACCCUAUCAACCCCACCGGCUCUACCAAUCCUACCGACCCUGCCCAUCCUACCGAUCCGACCAACGACGAGAAAAAGAAUGUGUUCGGCUUAGCAGAAAGAGCCCAUGUUGAGCUGAUAUUACAGCUUUAUAUCAAGAAGAGAUCGAGCACAGAGCAAUCAGGAUUUAGAGACAACUUGAUGGACUACUAUGGAGUGUCACGUACAAGAGACGGUGUAAAAGAGUGCUGGUGCGUCGUCAGCCACUCGUGGGGUGCUUCAAAGCUGCUCACUGCGGCUCAUAUCAUGCCUGUCAGAUUAAGACAAUUGCCAAUGAAGCACAUAUUUGGACAGGAGGCGGCUGAAGAGUUGUUUUCCGCCAAAAACGGAUUGAUUUUAGAAAAGCAAAUUGAAAAACAUUUCGACAAUUGCCAGCUGCCAAUAGUACCGUGUUUGUCCGAGGAAGAUGUAUGGGAGUUAAGAGUCAUAGACAAACACCUGCUCAAUCAAAGCCAUUAUUUCACGAGCGAGAAUUUUAAAUUUCUUCAUGGCCGAAAGUUGAAAUUUUUGAAUGCGAAUCGUCCAAGGAAACGAUACCUCUAUUACCACUGGUUGAUGUGUAUCACUGUCGCGGCGCAAAAGAAAAUGAAUCUGAAAAGGAUUGAGGAAAAAGCAAGAUUUGCCCAAUAUUGGGGCACACCUGGACGUUAUUUGAGAGAAGAGAUGAUAGCAGCAAUGAUGAGCUAUGCAUGCCAUCAAUCACCAACCGGGAAGCUUAUUUUGGGAAAGGAAGAGGGUGAGAAUGAGGAUGUAGAUGGAGAUGGGGGUGGUGACGGGGAUGAAGAUGGGAAUGAGAAUGAAGACGGGGAUGAGGAGGAUCAGGAGGACGAGGAGGAUGAGGAGGAGAAUUACGGAAGAUAA